AUGGUACUCGUUGAAGAUGUUUCCAAUAAUUCUGAUUCAUCACCAACCCCAACAAACGAGGCAUCGUCAACUGCUUCUUCAUCAUCAACACCAACAGCACCACCGCCGCCGCAUCCCCCUCCAUCUUCACCUUCAAUAAUUAAUGUUUUACUUGAACGUAAAACCGAUUCUGUUCUGCUAUUAUCACGAUUAGCAACCAUAUUUUAUACCAUUAUGUUUGUUUUACCAUUCUUUCAUGCCGAAUCAAAUGUUUAUUAUACAAAAGCAUUACUAUCUGCAAUUGUAACAUCAGUAUUACGACUUCGGCAACGUUUGCCAAAUUUUGAAUUAUCAAGAGUGUUUCUAUUUAAUCUCUUUCGGGAAGAUAGUGCACAUUAUUUAAUGUAUUCAUUUUUAUUCUUAAGUAGUACACCCAUGACUAUUGUUCUUAUACCAAUAGCAGCCUAUGCUCUUUUACAUUCAUGUUCAUUUUUAUCACAAAUUUUAAUUCGUUUUCCAGCCAUACAACAAUUGUGUAUUCGUGUGACAGACAAUCAAAUUAGUCUAUUAAGAUUUGUUGCAUUAAAUGAAAUAGUACUUAUGCCAAUAUUAAUUUUAUCGAUAUUUGUUUCGCUUUCAAAUUUUCUUUUAUUAUUUAUGUAUUAUCGAUUUCUUACAUUGCGUUAUACGUCACAAAGAAAUCCUUAUACAAAAAAUAUGUUUUAUGAACUUCGUCAAAGUGUGGAAUAUUUGUGUAAUAAACCAGCAUGUCCAUCGGUUAUUGCACGACUUUGUUUUAAUGCAAUGGCUUUUAUUGAUCGUUUAGCUCCAACGAAUGGUUGA